AUAAAAUUGAAAAAAAUGUAUGCUCCGAAAUGCAAAGAGAAAAAUCAUUUUGAGAGGGAAAUAACAUUAUUUUGCUUGCAUCCUAGAUGUUAAAAAAAAUGGGGAUGCUAAAAGUGUUUCAGUUAAUAUCAUAAAUCUCAUAUUGAAUGUUGCAUUAGUGUUAGCGAAUUUGAAGAUUAAGUAGUUUUGGCAAAAAAGAAAAUACGAGAGAUAGUAGAGAUGAAAUUUUCAGAUGCAAUAAUUUAAUUAGAUGAAGCAUCAGAGCUAUUAGUAAAGAAAAUCAAAGAUGUAAUAAAUAGUGUACAAAGAGCUUCAGAAAUAAUUUAGGAUUAGAUAUUCAAGGAAUUAGAAUUGUUUGAUUAUUUGAUUGAUGGAUUUUAGAGUUUAUCAUUCACAACAUCAUUAGAAAAUGAAUAUUUAGACAGAGUUAUAUAAUUAAUGAUGCCUGAUAAAUUAUAAUAGAUGGCAGAUUAUAAACCAAGUUAGAUAUUUCAAUUGCUUUAAUAUUCAAAUUAAGUGUUAGACUAAGCCAAUAAAUUCACAAUUUAUCCACUAGAUGAAAUAGCAUUGGGAAUAAAAUUAAAAGAAUUUUAGGAAGGUUAAUAUACACUGGCAGUAAAAGAAUACAAUUAAAAUAAUAUUGGAAUUUGUUACUUGUUAACAGAAGGAAGAUUGAAUAAAAUAGGAUAAUAUGAUAAUGGAGUAAGAUCUGGAAUGUGGUCAGAAGUGUUGUAUUAUAAUAAUAAUCGAGAUUUUAGUAUGUAAGUGAAUAAUAUUAUAUAAGAACAUUUCGAGGUUAAUAUUAAUAAGGUGUAAGAGUGAAUAAAUGGUUUUAUUAUGAUCAGGAUUAAUCAGUAAUCGGAGGAGGUUAAUUUUAAGAAGGAUUGAAGAUAGGAUUAUGGAUUGAGCCUGAAGUAUUUUUGGGAAAGUGGGGGAAAAUGUAAGAAUUUAAAAUUAGUUAGCGUUGUAAUUAAUAAAGGAGAGUAUGUAAAUGGAGUGAAACAUGGAGAAUGGACUACAAUUUAUGGAAAUAGAGGUUAAGUGUAAGUAUGAUAGUGAAUAUCAGAGGAGGUGGAAUGUAUUUACAGGGGUAAAAGCAUGGUUAUUGGACAGAAGUUGAAGGUUAUGCUGGUUUUUGGUGUUCGAUAGGAAUAUUGAAUUAAGGAAAUGGAAUUAAAGUUGGGAUGUGGUUAAUAUCAGAUUUGAAUGCUGGAUAAAUGUAAAUAUUUUAAUAAAAGAAAGUGAUGGAGGAAAUUACUCUUAAAUUGGUUUAAAAGAAGGUUUAUGGACAGAAGUUGAAGUUCAUGUUGGGGUUGAAUGUUCAAUGUAUUUUAUUUAAAUAUUAAGAAUUUUAUUACAUCUUGGAGAUUAUAAAUAUGGGUUAAAAUAAGGAAAUUGGAAAGUGCUGGAUAUAUGCAGAAAUUAGAUUGGAGGAGGAUAAUGCAAAGGAUAUAAAAAAGGAACUUGGCUAGAAAUAGAAGUUUGUGUUGGGUGGCGUUGCUCAUAGUUAUUUGAUAAAUUAAUAACAUUAGAAUUUUAUUACAUUAAGGAGAAUAUAAAAAGGGACAGAGGGUUGGAGUGUGGAAUAUUUACAAAGAAGGGUGCGAUACUAUUUUAGGAGGAGGAAAUUAUAUUUAAGAUUAGAAAGAUGGAAAGUGGACAGAUAUUCAAAUUUUUUGUGGAUAUUACAGUACAAAGUAUAUAGUUUUAGAUUAUGUUUAAGAACACUAAUAUUGACUGGAGAUUAUAGUGUCGAUAGAAGAAUUGGAAAAUGGGUGAUUUCAGAAUAACAAGAGGGUGUGAUGUAAAUAAAUAAUCAUAUAGUACAAGUGGAGGAGGAAUGUAUUCUAGAUAUGGAGAGAAGCAAUCAGAUUGGAUUGAAGUGGAUAUGCAAGUUGGUUGGAGAUGUUUUGUGUAAGAAUAUAAAAAAUAGAAAGGAUUUUGAUAUCAGAAGGAGAAUAUAAUAAUGGGAAAAGAUCAGGAUUGUCGAUAACUAAAUUGUAUAAAGGGAAUUAAUUAGGAGGAGGAUGUUAUAAUAAAUAUGGAUUCAAAGAAGGAGGUUGGAAAGAAGUUGAAGUUCAUGUUGGAGUUGGAAAAUAUUUGUAUAUCUUUAAUAUUGAAUAGAUAGAACAUUAUUUCAUAUAGGUGAAUAUAGAGGUGGAGUUAGAACAGGAAAAUGGGUAGUAUAGAAUGAACAAAGAGAAAUUGUGUAAAUUGAUUUAUUUAUUAAGUUCUUCUGGUUUUUAUACUAAAUCAGGAAGUAAAGAUGGUGAAUGGGUAGAAAUACAAGCGCACGAUGGUAUUGAAGAUACUAUUACUUUAUUACAUUAAGGAGAAUAGAAUCAUGGAGUUAGAGUUGGUAGAUGGAAUAUUUAAAAGCCAAAUAAAGAAUAAAUGUAUUUAUUAUUAUUAUAAUUAUUGAAGUGGUUGAGGUAAUUAUUCUUUAAGUGGAAUUAAAGAA